GACGUUCUCCAACAUUUGGUGCUGUUGUACAAUCAUGAUAAGUGUACUGACUGACAUUGCAUUGAGGAACAUUGGAAAAAUAGUAGGAGGAUAUUGUAAACCCUAUGCCUUCCUGACACCUUGCAAAAGUAGGCUAAAUUCGUUAUCUUUUUGCUCGAAACCGACAGACACUGCACCGCUCACUGCCAUGGAUUUGAGUGAUAUGAGAAAGAAAUAUAAAGCGGACGAUCAGUGUUUUGAAGAGGACCAGCUGACUUCCCUGGACCCUAUUAAACAAUUUGGGAACUGGUUUGAUCAAGCCACAAAAUGCCCAGAAGUUGGAGAAGCUAAUGCUAUGUGCAUUGCAACUGCUAGCAAAGACGGACGCCCAUCUGCACGCAUGGUGCUGCUGAAAGGCUUCAAUCAUGAGGGCUUUCGCUUCUUCACCAAUUACGAGAGCCGCAAAGGCGAAGAGCUGGAGAGCAACCCACAUGCUUGCCUGGUGUUUUACUGGGAGCCCUUAAACAGGCAGGUUCGCAUUGAGGGAACUGUGGAGCGGAUCCCUUACCAGAGCUCCUGUGAUUACUUCCACUCUCGUCCCAAGAGCAGCCAAAUCGGUGCUGUGGUGAGCCGGCAAAGCACCAUGAUUCCAGACAGACAGUACCUGAGACAGAAAAAUGCUGAAUUAGAAGAGAGGUAUAAGGCCACUGAUGUCCCAAUGCCUGACUACUGGGGGGGCUACAUAGUAAAGCCUCACACUGUUGAGUUUUGGCAAGGCCAGACCAACAGGCUCCACGACCGUAUAGUCUUCACACGGCCGAAAGAGGGAGAGACAGGACCGGGGGACAUGCAGCACCUGGCUGAGGGAGGAUGGGUCUAUCAGAGGCUGGCGCCAUGAUCGGCAGGACAGGCCUCCCACCAGCUAUAGAAAAACAUUGACUUUUGUCACACUGUUAACCAUAAAUCAAAAUGUUUCUCAUUAAUUAUGUGAAAGGGACAAUACAUGGACAUUUCAAAUCUGCCUCAAAGCCAUUUUAUAUUCUGAGUUGCUGUCUGGUCACGAGAUGUUCUGUCCUCACAUGACUCCAUGUUAUUAUGGAAAAUGUGCAUGCAGUUAGGACAGAUGGUUUUUACAAAUGGAGGACUGAGGCCAAACCUCUCCCUCAGUAAUGUUGGUCUCAUGUCUGGCCUAAUGUCAGGAUAGGCUCUGAAGAGUUAGUUAUUCUGCCUCAUAUACAUGUGAUUGGUACGAGCGGAUGUCAUUACUUUCCCUCCGAGCCCCGUCAGCACUCAGAAGCCAGUCUUAAAGCACAAGCUCCUCUGCCUUUAAACCUGUAUGAGGCUGAGUCUCAUACUGUAACAGGAAAUGGCUUUUUAGAGUUACAAGCCUUUGACCUCAUGUCCACAUGUAUGUACUGAAGAAUGCUUGAAGAAGAAAGUCUAUCCAAACUUCCUGUGUUUCUGAUUGUGUUGUGUUGUUUCAUAGGUGUGUAAUUCACUUUCCUGAUAGCGAUGAAUACAUUCUUACAUGUUUAAGUGCUAUGACGUGCCAAGUUUCCCUAAAUCUUAAUUUGUGCAGUAUUUAGACAAAACUUGACUGUGCGCCGUGAUUCCAGUGGUGAUGUUUACAUGUCAAAAUGUGCAUUUGUGAAUCUGGGAUGCUUCUAGUUCUGUCAGGAUGCACCAAGCGUGCUACUGCAAUAUAGUUAAAGAGAACGAGAGAAGUAUACAGGUCUACAAUAAAGACAUGCUUGAAUUAC